GGUAGGUAUGUAUGUAUGUAUGUAUGUAUAUAUGUAUGCAUGUAUGUAUGUACGUUUAUGUAUGUAUAUAUUUCAAAUAUUCUACUGACUACUACAAGGUAUUUCGAUUUCUCUUUUCUUUUUUUUUCUUUUAUAUUAGCAAUCACCACACCUUCAACGGUUGAAUUGGGUGAAAAAUGUGGUUCAUCAAAUUCCACAACAGCACAUUGCCAAAUUACAAACAGCGCAUGCGUAGAGGUGGGUGCCACUACAGGUGAAAGACGAUGUCAGUGCGUGAACAACUACGUACGCAGUUCAGAUGAAUGCACUGCAGCUCCAACAAACUUGACAGCGUCUCAGACUUAUGAGUAUGAUAUAUCUGAUAAUCACCAGGGAUCAGUUGGUGUAAUAAGAACACAAACGUAUGAGCCAGCCAUCUUUCUGAGUUCCUAUCAGGUGACGGCCUAUCCUCUGAACGGAAUCUUCAGGGCUACGAUAAUAGGUGGAUCAUCCAUACAGCUCGACGCCUCCAAGAGUGUGAUACCCAUAGGUACCCACACCGUGCUCCUCAAGGUCACGGCGCGAGUCGACCAUCUGACCAUUGUUGAUGUUGUUACGGUAACGGUAACUGUUAACCGCCAAUUUUCGGCCCAUAAUGUUGUUAUGUUUCUGUCAGACGGAACUCUGAAGUCAUCCAUCAUAGACAAUGUUCGAGCUCGAACCGGCUUUCAGGACAUGUCAUACACGUUGAGUGUUAGGUCGAAAGGUGCAGAAUUUGCUAUCAGAGACGACGGGAUGGUUUACUGCAGGAAGAAUUUGAAUAUUACUGCUCUAGCCAGCGAAAGCCACGUGGCUGUGGAGAGAUGGUUAAAUGUGACUGCGUCGAAGGAGGGAAUCACAAAGCAUUUGGCGGAUUACAGAAUACUGAUUAUCAGAAACACGUACUCAACGUCGUUGGAUGAAAACCAGGACGCCAUCAUUACUGAGUUCGACCUUCUCUCUGAUAGCUUCGAGUUCUCGGCUCAUGAUCUUCCAAAACAUAAAUUCACCCUUGUCAACAACCACAUUUCGGUUUCUAUGUUGGAUUACGAAAACAAGAAUCAGUAUUAUUUCAGUCUGGAUGUGAAAAUCAAGGGGGACGACUCUGCAGCCACGAAGGUACUCGUGGGCGUCACUGUGAACGACAUGAAUAAUAAACGUCCAGUGUUCAGUGAACGGGAGUUUCACUUCAACAUGUUGUCUAACUCUCUAGGCAACACUCUGAUCGGGAUUGUGACGGCUUCCGACAAAGAUACUGUUGGACGACUGUAUUACCAGAUCGGCAGCGAGUCUAGGUUUAAAAGCUACUUCAACAUGGAGGAAGAAUAUUGA